AAAAGGGGGGCAAGAAACCCAGAGGCGUCCUCCUCCGCCCGUCUAUAAAUUCCCCGUCUUUAUAUAGGAGGCAUCCAACCCAAAGAGGAGGAAGAACACCAAGGACUCACUACCAGCGCCUCUCCGCGAUCCAAAUCCUCCCGGGAAAGUUCUUGGUUGAUCUCUUCCUCCUCGACCGCCUCCCAGGUUCUUGGUGUAGCUUUUGCCACUCUCACCAGGAGAUUUCAUGUCUGAUCUUGACGUUCAGAUCCCAACUGCCUUUGACCCCUUUGCCGAGGCGAAUGCUGGGGACGCUGGUGCAGCUGCCGGAUCAAAAGACUACGUUCAUGUACGCAUCCAGCAGCGUAAUGGUCGCAAGAGCCUGACCACUGUCCAGGGUCUGAAGAAGGAGUUCAGCUACAGCAAGAUCCUCAAAGACCUCAAGAAAGAGUUUUGCUGCAAUGGUACAGUUGUCCAGGACACAGAACUUGGACAGGUCAUUCAACUCCAGGGUGAUCAGAGGAAGAACGUCUCAAACUUCCUUGUCCAGGCCGGCAUUGUGAAGAAGGAACACAUCAAGAUUCAUGGUUUCUGACCAACUGCCAGCUACAUGCAAAGCAGCUAUAUAUUGGUGGUGCGGUAUAUUUAGUUGUGUGCUAGCGCUAGCAGGCGUCACCAGCUUGCGCGCUCCGAGUAUACAGAAAAUCUAGCAUAGCCCACCUCUCUGCGUGUAUGCUUGUUACCGUUGUGUUGAAACUUUGUAAGGAGCACCAUCGUUAGAUGGCUUGUUACCCUCUCCCAUCAAGGUUGGAUAAUAAUAUAUGCUUUCUGAAGCGUGGUAUCCUUCGUAUCA